CGUCACACCGCGUGGCUUUUCCAGCGCAAGGGAAUACUAAAUAUACAAUCGACUUUCUCAAUCGCUACGAGAAAAGUCCAAUCACUACAGCAAACAUGUUUGCCAAACUCUCUACAUCGCUUAUCGCGACCCUUAUCAUAUCAACAACACUUGCGGCGCCUACACAAACACAUUGCCGAUGCGAGAUCGUCAAUGAUAUCCCAUCAUCACCGGCUCCUGCAUCAGCUGCAUACACACCCUCGGCUGCGCACUGGUCGCCCGCAAAUACCCUACCAAGUCCCGUGGCCGCAAUAAAUGUAUGCGCAAGCCUAGGAUCCAAACUGGAGAAGUUGCAGCACACUGAACCCGAGAUCUACAACUCGUAUAUGCGGGGAGCAGUCAAGGAUGCUCAGAAGCCAUUACCAACGUCUGUGUUGAUGAGCAAUCCAGAAAUGGCGGAAGAUGAUGAAGCACAAUCGACAUCGUCGCGGCCACAAGGGAGGAUACUAUGUUAUCAAGAAGUUCGAUCAUCGCCGACCGAGUUCCACAGCUCGUUUGUGGGGCUAUGGGCGCUUCAGAUUAUUGUUGUGUCGGCGGUAUUGGCUUGUGUUGCUGAGGGUGUGCAUUUGGGCAAGCGAUGGAUGGAAAACAAGAACACUCCUGAGCCAACAUGCCAGAAACACAGCAGGUUGCGCUUAUCGGGGGCGGAAAAGCGUCUCCUAGCCAUUCCUACUGGUCCCCAGCAAGCAGACUUGGUGUGCAGCCCGGGCGCAGAAAAGAAGCUCCGAGCAUACGAGACAACACGAUACUUUGUUACGCAGGCGUCGAGCGGAAGGAGGGAGUUCAUUGCAUAUGAUGAUGAUAGUGAUGAUGAGGCAAACAGGCCUGUGAUGUAGUAUUACCUACAUCACGGCUUUAAAUGAAUGUAUUAUGUUGCACUUUCCACUUGUACAUGUUUACUAUGCAUGCAUGUUCCAGCGAUGCGACAGCGUGAUGUAAAGUGACACC